GGGGGAAAACGCGUUUCCGGUUGCGGCGUCAGUGUAGCCUGUGUUGCAUCUCACUUCAGAUUCUUCACGUCGUCUGGUUCCUGUUUUAGCUCAAUUUCCACAAAACAGAGACAUGGGAUGCGAUGGUGGUACCAUUCCACGUCGAGACGAACUUGUAAGGACCAAACAGAAGCCAGAACAGAAAGACAAAGACGCCGAGGCUGUCGCCAAAUGGAAACACUGUGCCGUCACGCAGGAAGAGCUGAGGUUGCCGAUCGUUUCUUGCGAACUGGGGAGACUGUACAACAAGGAAUCUGUGAUUGAGUGCCUGCUGAACAAGGACACGUCUUGCGAGACUGCACAGCACAUCCGAUCGCUCAAGGACAUCGUCGAGCUGAAUCUCACCGAGAACCCUGGCUACCGUCGCCGUGACGCCGACAAGGGUGACGAAUAUGUGGACCUGCGUGCGUCGCGGUUCAUCUGCCCCAUUGUUGGCUUGGAGAUGAAUGGGAAGCACAAGUUCUGUUACCUAAGGCAGUGUGGGUGCGUCCUGUCGGACAGAGCGCUCAAAGAGGUCAAGUCGGAGGUGUGUCACAAGUGCGCCAAGCCUUUCCGCGACGACGACAUUGUCGUGCUGAACGGAACGGACGACGAAGUGGCGGUGCUGACGGCACAGAUGGAGAUUCGAAGAGCCAGGGCCAAGAUUGACAAGAAGUUGAAGAAACGGGCCUGCGAGGCAACCGACGACGUAGGCAAGAAGGCGAAGACAGACACUGCCGAGGCGGUCAAGAAGGUGUCCAGCAAGAUGGCCAACGGCGGCCCAAGCACCAGUGGCACGGCAGCCAAGAAGCCUGACGUCGGAACGGCCACUAAGAUGAUUCUGCCAGAAAAGGCAAGGCAAGGGUACAGCAUUGCGAAGGACCCCAAGACCAGCGAGGCCUUCAAGUCCCUCUUCACGACGCAUUCAACAGCCGUGAACCAGCCCAAGGCCCACUGGAUCACGCACAACCCGCUCUUCUACUGAAGGCCGACGGGAAGAGAUUCUAACGCAUGAGGCCAUGUGCCAAGAAGAACUGACUGCUACACAGCUGCACAUUUGAAACCUUACAGACCCUCUUGUAAAUACAGAUUAUUCGCAACUCUGACCUUGUGCAUACAAUAAACCUUUUUCGCAUAAAAGCAAAA